CACGCCAUUAGACAGCUAAGGGGCGGGGCCCAGGCUUGGGGGGCGGGGCGCGAAGCCUCGCAAGCAGAGGCCGAGGCCGAGGCUGAGCGCCCGGGAGGCGGGGUCGAGAUCGGCGGCUCUCGGGGCUCGGUCCCCCCUCGGUCUGUCCGCCCGCCCUUUGUUGACCUGUCGGUGUGUCCUGAACCGCUGCCGUCAUGGAUUUGUCUUCAGGCCUGGGUGCUUCGCUCUUGAUUGCGAUCUUGGUAAUUGGUGCAUCAAUAUUACUGCUGUCUUUAAGGAACUUGGGAUCUCCGAAGAAGAAAGAACUUAUCACGUUACUGGAUCCAAAUACAAAAUAUCCACUGCCCCUGAUUGAAAAACAGGAACUCAGCCAUGACACCAAGAUGUUCCGGUUUGGACUUCCUACAUCAGACCACGUUUUAGGGCUCCCUAUAGGUCAACAUGUUUAUCUCUCUGCCAAAGUCAAUGGCAAUCUAGUGAUCCGGGCUUAUACUCCUGUUUCUAGUGAUGAAGUAAAAGGCUAUGUGGACCUUGUUGUUAAGAUUUACUACAAAAAUGUGCACCCUAAGUUUCCUGAGGGGGGAAAGAUGUCUCAGUACCUGGAUAACAUGAAGAUAGGGGAUACCAUUGAUUUCCGAGGGCCAAACGGGCUCCUGGUUUAUAAUGGAUCAGGUAAGCUGUCCAUCAGACCAGAUAAGAAGAGUGAACCAAAGAUGAAGUUUGCCAAGAAUUUGGGAAUGAUUGCUGGUGGGACAGGAAUAACACCAAUGCUACAGCUGAUUCGGCACAUUACCAAGGAUCCUGCAGAUGGUACCAAGUGCUCCCUUAUCUUUGCUAAUCAGACUGAAGAAGAUAUCCUACUGAGAGCAGAACUAGAGGAAGUGGUGAAGAGUCAUCCGAACCAGUUUAGACUGUGGUACACUCUGGACAGGCCUCCUAAUGAUUGGAAGUAUAGCUCUGGAUUUAUUAAUGCAGACAUGAUCAAGGACCAUCUACCACCACCAGGAGAUGAUACCCUCAUUUUGAUGUGUGGUCCUCCUCCAAUGAUCCAGUUUGCCUGUCAACCCAACCUGGAAAAACUGGGCUAUGCUCAAGACAAGACUUUUGCAUACUGACAAAUUACUAUUACAGCUAGUAAAUGUAUCUUGGUAUUUUUUUGUAUCGAAUUUCAAACUGUCUUGUUCAAAUGACUCAGCCUGUUCUAAAAUAGUAUAGUUUUAAAAAUGUUAAAAUAAGUAGUUUUCAAAAUGAUCUUCUCUCAGAAUGAGAAUUUAAAAACAUAUACAAAACUUUUUGCUCCUGUCUUGUUAUCUGGUCUGAGAUUUACAUAUGCUCUUCAUGUGUCGUGGUCAGGGACCACAGCCUGAGAAGGUACGCCUAAGGGAUUCAGUAUUCAUAUUAGAUCCAAAUGAUAAAGGAUUAUAAUAGAUUUUAAAACAGCAUUUGGAUCAAUACUUUAAUGAAAUAAAAUUUGUGUAAAAUAAAACUUAAAGUCUUGUGUGUGUUGCAGAUGCAUGUAAAUUUUUGACCCACAAUCCAAGAAAUAGGUCAUUAUCAAGAACUUUGGAUGCUAAAAAGCUAUUAAGCUUUUAUUAGUAUUUAUUUUCCUAGCAUAGUCUUUAAGAGAACUAUAGACAGGCAGAGAAUUCUUAGGGCUUUCAUACAAAAUAGAUCAAAAAUUAAUUUCUGGAAAAAUUAAAUGGACCCCCUUUUAUAGAAAUAUUAAAAUCCAAGUUUUCCAAAGGCAUUUUGGAAUAGGAGUGGGGAUGGUAGUUAGGAAGGAAAACAACUAAGAGUGAGUGAACACUUGACAAUAAUGAAUGACGGGGCAUCUCCCUCCCUUUAGUUACUGACACCAGUUUUGUAGGAACCCAUUGCAGUUAGCAGCAGCUGAAAGGUUGCUGUCUAGAUGAAGUCUCACAAUUUGUUUAGUCAUUCUCCAUUCAGUGGUCAUCUAUUUUAUUCCCAAUUUUUGCCACCGCAACAAAUGUCACCAUGAUGUAUAUGGGGCCUUUAUUCUUGUCAAUGACCUUUUUGAACCAAAGGAUUACAUUUUAGUCACUUUAUUUGCUUAAUUCUAAAUUGUUUUCCAAAAUAGUUGUAUUGAGUUACAUGUUUUUGUUAGUUUUUAAUCUGUAAUAGAGACUGCCAUUGGAGAAAAAAAUUCCAUUAUAAACACCUAAAGAAACAGGUAAUUCCCCCCUCCCCUUUUUUUUAGGGGGGAGAAUAUAUAAUUUUAAAAUUUUUAUUAAUAUUUUUCCAAAUACACAAAGAUAGUUUUCAACAUUCACCUUUGCAAAACUUGAAACAAGUAAUUCUCAAAGGGAUUUUCCCAAAA